GCCCAAAACUUUGACAAACUCGCUUCUUGCAAGGCUGAGCAAAAUUUCAUCUUUUUCUCUUCCAAUUCUCCGUUUUCCUCUCUUACCAGGCGAUCAUCACAACAGUGAUCAGCGUGAGGAUCGAGAAUGUUUCAGAAAUCACUUGCCAAUCCUUUCAUCUCGCCGAUUCCUGUCUUCUCUUCCAAACCCAGAAGCGCAAGCUUCUCUAAUCGGUCGCUGGUAGUUCUAUCGCAUUCCGUUGAUACCUCAGAGACGGUGGAAACGAGCUCCAGCAUGCCGCCUUCCACGCUUUUCGAUUCCGCCGCUCUUUCAUCGGGUAAGGCCUCGAUGUAUCCGGGAGGGAUGGGGGUGCAUACUGGUAGAGAUCUAAGUGUGAAGAAGCCGGGAUGGCUCCGUCAGAGGGCGCCACAGGGGGAGAAGUUUUCCAAGUUGCAGGAGUCGCUUUCUGAGUUAAAGCUAAAUACAGUGUGCGUGGAGGCUCAAUGCCCUAAUAUUGGGGAGUGCUGGAAUGGCGGUGGAGGGGCAGGAGGAGAAGGAGAUGGUAUUGCAACUGCAACCAUCAUGCUUCUAGGGGAUACUUGUACUCGUGGCUGUAGAUUUUGUGCUGUAAAAACAAGCAGAAAUCCUGCUCCUCCAGAUCCCAUGGAACCUCAGAAUACCGCCAAGGCAAUUGCGAGCUGGGGCGUGGACUAUGUUGUAUUGACAAGUGUUGAUCGAGAUGACUUAUCUGAUGGUGGAAGUGGUCACUUUGCAGAGACAGUCAAGGCUUUGAAGAAUCUCAAACCUGAAAUACUUGUUGAGUGUCUAACCUCUGAUUUCGGUGGUGAUCUAGAAGCUGUGUUCAAACUUGUCCAUUCUGGGCUGGACGUCUUUGCUCAUAACAUUGAAACUGUGAAACGCCUUCAAAGAAUUGUCCGAGAUCCUCGAGCAAGGUAUGACCAGAGUUUGUCUGUUCUAAAGCAUGGGAAACUUUGCAAAGAAGGGAUGAUUACAAAGUCUUCUAUCAUGCUCGGUCUAGGAGAAUCUGAUGAUGAAGUAAAGGAAGCUAUGGACGACUUGAGAACUAUCGGUGUUGACAUUCUGACAUUGGGCCAGUAUUUACAGCCUACCCCCUUACACCUCACGGUAAAAGAGUAUGUGACGCCUGAGAAGUUUGCCUUCUGGAAAAACUAUGGAGAGUCUAUUGGUUUCUGUUAUGUUGCUAGUGGACCACUGGUUCGGUCCUCUUACAGAGCGGGUGAAUUAUUUGUUCAAAAUCUGGUAAGAGGUAAGCACAAGAAUGCUUCGAGUCGUUCAUAGCUGCUUCUAGUGACUGCAAAAUGGUCUUCAAGCAACACCAGUGACUCACUCUUUGAGAAAAUUGUUAUAAAAUCCGAUAGAUUAUUUAUUUUAUGUCUAAUGAAGUUCGGGAAACUGUUGUUGUCAUUGAACAUCAUUGCUUUGCCUAAAUGUGCGAUUCCAUUGGUGCUUGCAAAAGUUUUUGUGCUAAUUCAGCUUAGAAAAUCUUUUUAUGCUUCAAAAACUUUUAUGUUUCCUGGAAUAAUUUUCAUCCCAUGGUAAGUUAU